CCCAGAAUAUAUUAGAAUAAUAAUAAUAGAAAGGUUCCCCCCUACACCCUUUUUUUUUGUGCCCCGCCGAACAGAGGGGCUGGAGGGAGGAGGGGGGCAGAACACAGGGGAGGCUGGCGGCAGGCAGGGCACUGCGGGGCGGUGAGCGCCGCGGCUGGGCCCCCAGCAUCCAGCUGGCAGCCGCGGCCCGCGGGACGAGCGCAGCCUCCCUAGCGCAGAAGAGGCCGGAGACAAGGAGAUCUGACUUGUGGAAGGACUUCAGUCUGAGCUGUUGUUCUUGGAGGACUGGGGAAAUGAGGGCACAUCCUCCCUGCCCUUACAGUCUGCAACUGAAGACACCUUUCAGGAGGCUGUGAGGGCUGCUGAAGAUGUCCGAUAGUCUGGAUAUUGAAGAGAAACCUCCAGCUCCACCGUUGAGAAUGAACAGCAACAAUCGCGAUUCUUCAGCACUAAACCACAGCUCCAAACCGCUCCCCAUGGCCCCUGAGGAGAAGAACAAGAAGGCCAGGCUUCGCUCCAUCUUCCCAGGAGGAGGGGACAAAACCAACAAGAAAAAGGAGAAAGAACGUCCAGAGAUCUCUCUUCCUUCAGACUUUGAACAUACCAUUCAUGUGGGAUUUGAUGCUGUCACUGGAGAAUUCACACCAGAUCUCUAUGGCUCACAGAUGUGCACAGGGAAGCUCCCAGAGGGCAUUCCAGAGCAAUGGGCCAGGCUACUACAGACCUCCAACAUAACAAAACUAGAGCAGAAGAAGAACCCACAAGCUGUUCUAGAUGUUCUCAAAUUUUAUGAUUCCAAAGAAACAGUUAACAACCAGAAAUAUAUGAGCUUUACAUCAGGAGAUAAAAGCGCCCAUGGAUACAUAGAAGCCCAUCCUUCGAGCACAAAAACAGCAUCAGAACCCCCACUAGCUCCCUCUGUUUCUGAAGAAGAGGAUGAAGAUGAAGAAGAUGAGGAAGAUGACAAUGAACCUCCGCCUGUUAUCGCACCACGGCCCGAACACACAAAAUCAAUCUACACCCGCUCCGUAAUCGAACCUGCUGCUGCACCAGCACCAGCUAAAGAAGCCACCACUCCUCAGCCUGAAAACUCAAACACAAACACUUUGUACAGAAACACAGACCGGCAGCGAAAGAAAUCCAAGAUGACAGAUGAGGAGAUCCUGGAGAAACUGAGGAGCAUUGUGAGUGUGGGAGAUCCCAAGAAGAAAUACACCCGAUUUGAAAAAAUUGGCCAAGGGGCAUCAGGAACUGUUUAUACAGCAAUCGACAUUGCCACAGGACAAGAGGUGGCCAUAAAGCAAAUGAAUCUUCAACAACAGCCCAAAAAGGAACUAAUUAUUAAUGAAAUCCUGGUCAUGAGGGAAAAUAAGAAUGCCAAUAUUGUGAACUAUUUAGACAGCUACCUAGUCGGUGAUGAACUCUGGGUCGUUAUGGAAUACUUGGCUGGAGGCUCUUUAACUGAUGUUGUUACUGAGACAUGUAUGGAUGAAGGACAGAUAGCAGCUGUCUGUAGGGAGUGCCUGCAAGCCCUGGAUUUCCUUCAUUCAAACCAAGUGAUUCACAGAGACAUCAAAAGUGACAAUAUUCUCCUUGGAAUGGAUGGAUCUGUCAAAUUGACUGAUUUUGGCUUCUGUGCUCAGAUCACCCCUGAACAGAGUAAACGGAGCACAAUGGUUGGGACACCUUACUGGAUGGCACCAGAAGUGGUGACAAGGAAAGCAUACGGCCCCAAAGUGGACAUCUGGUCGCUUGGGAUCAUGGCAAUAGAAAUGGUGGAAGGAGAACCUCCUUAUCUUAAUGAAAAUCCUCUCAGGGCACUGUAUCUGAUAGCUACAAAUGGGACACCAGAGCUUCAGAACCCUGAGCGACUUUCUGCUGUGUUUCGUGACUUUCUGAACUGCUGUCUGGAGAUGGAUGUGGACAGGCGAGGGUCUGCCAAGGAACUUCUGCAGCAUCCAUUUUUAAAAUUAGCCAAGCCACUCUCCAGCUUGACUCCCCUCAUCAUCGCAGCAAAAGAGGCAAUUAAGAACAGCAGCCGCUAAUGCUUGCGGCCAACUUUCUCCUGUGGCAGCUCAGAGCAGGACUGAGAACAGAAACUUGAUCAAAACCUCAACUCUUGUGCUGCAGGACAGAUGGAGGGAUGAACAAACCAGCGGUCACAGUCCUGGUGGUAGGAGGGAAAACAAAUCAGUCCCUCAAGGAGUAAAAUAUGAUCAUUUGUCUUCUUCCUGCUUUCUGGCUCCUUUAUUUAUUUUUAAGAUGAAAUAGGGGUUAAGACAGACAGGUAAUGACCGAAAAUGCUUUGCUGCCUCAACCAUUUCUGAGGUAAAGCAAAAUCAGUUGGAAGAAUCCCUUCCUUCUCACCCUGUGAAUAAGCUGUACAUUCACUUUUAAAUUGUUAGUUGUUUCUUAAAGAUGGAAAGUCCCUUUUAUGGUUUGGUUUUUUUGGUACAGUUUGGAAUUGGAAAAGGGUCUCCUUCAUUCAUAAACUCCAGACUGCACUGCAUUUGGAAUGCAGCCCACUCGCUGGUAUUUGCCCAGUCAUGGUACGUUGAGUUGAGGAAGAAAGUGAAACUAAUUUCCAGCUCAAACUGCAUCAAGAGUGGGGCAGAAAGACAUGCUGUUGAGGUAUAGGCUGUGAAUAUAGAGUGUUUUGGUUCUUGACCAUUUAAAUGACUUGUAGAACUAAUUGUAAUCUGUUUGCCUGGAUGAGAGUCUUACUCAAAUGAAAAAGCAGAAAGUCAGUGUGCUCCAGAAGGGCUUGUCUGCUGCAAAGCUGUAAGAGAUAUGUGAGGUUUUAUAGCAGGCACAGCCUUGCCUGGUGCUGAGCCCCAGCAGAACCCUUGCAGAGCACAGCACCCAGAGACCUAGGCUAGAGGUGGCAGCAGACCAGCUCUGGGUGCUUGUCUCUUCCUGAGACCAGAUUAAUCAUCCCAAGUCAGAGCAAAGCUGGCAGCAGGCUGCUCCCGGGGUGAAUCAUAGCUGGGCUGUGAAGUGCACAGACUUUUGGAGUUAACCAUUUUGAGUUUGUGCAGGAGUAGAGAAGGUCAGAACAGAGGUGAGUGUUGGUCGCCUCAGAGGGUGCCUUCUCCUGGUUAUCUUCUAUCUCCUGUGGAAGGUCAGUUGCAUCUGUGCCACUCUUGGCAGAGAAGAAAGGAGUUGGGCUGCUCCGCAGGCUUGUGUGCAGGUGAGUGUCCUUUAGGCACUGGGUUCUGCUGUGGAGACUGAGGCCAGCACGAGUGAGUGACAGCUUCCUCCGUUCAGAUCUGCAUGAGCCAGUGCAGCAGACAGCUCUGGAAGAAAAGAGCCUUAAAACCUGGGAGUUCCACACCAAGCCAGAGAAAACAUGUGAAAUGCAGAGUGGAUUGCAAAAAUAUUUAGAGGCAUCAAGCCAGGCUGCUUUCUGCUGUCCUGCUGAAUGCAACUCUGAGCUGCUGGGAGGGAGGAAAACCUGGAUAUGACUGAGAAUUGUGCUUGACUAGUCAACAGAUUUGUAAAGGAGCUGAAUAGUUGAAGUAUGCAAAUUGUUUCAUUUAUUCAUUUCUGAACAAAAGGCGCAAUGUGGCUUCACUCAGAAAAAGCAUUUGCAUGAAAUAUUUGUUGCUCUGUUUUAGUAGUACAGCUAAUCAAAGGCCUUCAAAACAGCGAUUGAAGCAACACCCAUCUAGUGAGAAAAAAAAACAACAAACCAAAACAGAGUAAAAGAGCUUUCUGCUGUAGAAAUCUUCGUGUUUAGGUCUGGUCCUGCAAAGGGCUAAGCAGCCUUUUGGAUACUAUCCACCUUCAUUUUAUGCCAGCCGGAAUGAAGGAUGCUUGGGCUGUUCUUGAAUUAGGCCAUUGCCUUGUUUGGCUUUGGCAUUGUACUUAGUUACAGUCUUUGUGUUGCAGGUGUCAUUAACACUGCCUCCUAACUUACCCUCGGUCACCCUGUCUGUCCAGGUGUCUUUGAGGCAACAGAGAGAGGCAAUGCUCACUGAGUUACCACAGCUAAGCAUGAAUUAACCUUUCCUGAUUUCCUGGGGAGGACAACAGGUCUGGCUUUCAGAUGCUCAAAUAACAGCCCAAGGCCAGAGCUCCAGUUUUGUGAAGUGGAGAAACCUCAGGGGGAGCCAAGAGACUUGCCAGGGGCUGCAGCUUCUGUAACCAUGGCUGAGGAGACCUACAGGCAGGGCCAGGAGCAUUGUUGGGAUGUUGAGAAAUACCAGGGAGUGUGAGAGUGAGACUGACUACUGGAGUACCACCUUACCUUCCCUGAGAUGGGCCUGACAGGCAGACAGGAUGCAUGGUGUAGAGCAUUGCCUAUCCUGUCUACACCUGGCUGACUCAGUGGAGAGAAGGCAAUGGUGACAAGUUUCUGCCUGGCAUGGGAGGCCCAUCUGCUCUGUAACCAUCCCACUUUCCAAGGUACCUUUGCAUAAUAGGUAUGAGGAUCUGCAAGUGGAACCAAACAAGGUGGGGAUGUCUGCUGGAGAUACAAUACAGUGGAGGCAAAACUGUCCAUAUGGUUCCUGAAGUGUAUGAAAGAAACCUUCCUGACACAGCUGAUCAGGCAACCAACUAGGAAAGUUGUGCCACUGGACCUGCUGUUUGUGAAGAGGACUUGUGGGUGAUGUGAUGGUUGGAGGUCAUCUGGGCACAUCGAUCACAAAAUGACAGUUUUCAGUUCUUGGAGAAGUAAGGAAGGGAGUCAGCAGAAUUGCCACCUUUGACUUCCAGAGGGCAGACUUCGGUGUGUUCAGGAGCCCGGUGACUGAGUCCCUUGAGAGGAGUUCUGAAGGGCAAAGGACUUGAGGAAGGCUGGACAUUCUUUGAGGAGGAGAGCUUGAAAGCACAGGAGCAGGCCCUCCCUGUGAGCCAGAAGAUGAGCUAGCAGGGAAGACGACUUGCCUGGCUGAACAGAGAGCUUUGGCUGGCACUCAGAGGGAAAGAAAAAAAAAAAAGAGUUCCUGGCUUUUGGAGGAAGGAGGACUACAAGGAUGUUGUGAGGUUAUGCAGGGAAGAAAUGCGAAGGACCCAAGGCCAACAAGAACUUAAUUUGGCUGCUGCUAUGACAGUAAAAGUAUAAGUGUUUCUAUAAAAAUAUUAGCCACAAAAGGAGGACUAAGGAGAAAACUCUGACCAUGGAUGAGGAAAAGGCUGAGGUACUUAUUGCCUUCUUUGCCUCAGUUUUUUAAAGUAACACUAGUUGUUCUCUAGAUAUACAACUCCCUGAGCUGAAAGACGGGGAUAGGGAGUAAAGCAGAGCUGCUGUAGUCCAAGGGAGAUAGUUAGCAGCCUGCUGCACCACUUAAACACGCACAAGUCUAUGGCACUGGGUGGUAUACACCUGAGGGUACUGAGGGAGCUGGUGGAAGUGCUCACCAAGCCUCUUUCCAUCAUUUACCAGCAGUCCUGGCUAACUGGGAAGGUCCCAGUUGGUAGGAGAUUGGCAAACAUGAUGCCCAUCUACAAGGAGGGCUAGAAGGAGGAUCUGGGAAACUACAGACCUGUCAGUCUUGACUUGGAUUCCAGGGAAGGCUAUGGAGCAGAUCAUCUUGGGUGCCAUCACACAGCAUGCACAGGACAACCAGGCGCUCAGGCCUAGUCAGCAUAAAUUUAUGAAAGGCUGGUCCUGCUUGACUCAUUCUCCUUCUGUGACAAGGUGGCCUGCUUAGUGGAUGAGAGAAAGACUGUUGAUUGUAUCUACCUGGAUUUUAGUGACGCUUUUGACACUGUUUCCCACAGCAUUCUCCUGGAGAAACUGUCUGCUCAUGGCUUGGAUGGGCCCACUCAUUGCUGGUAAAACACUGGCUGGACAGCUGGACCCAAAGAAUGGUGAGGAAAUGGAGUUAAGUCCAGCCGCUGGACAGUCACAAGUGGUGUUCCCAAGGGCUCAGUACUGAGGCCUGAUUUCCUUAAUAUCUUUAUCAAAUGUCUGGAUGAAGGGACUGAGUGAAGCCUCAGUGGGGUUGCAGGCAACACUAGAUUGGGUGGAAAUGUUGAAUUACUUGAAGGCAGGGAGUCACGACAGAAGGAUCUGGAAAGGCUGGGUGGUAACAGGUCCAAAAAGGCUAAGUUUUGGAUUUUCCACUUGGGUCAUAGCAUCCCCAUGCAACACUAGAGGCUUGGGAAAGAGUGGCUGGAAAGCUGCCCAUCAGAAAAGGACUUGGAAGUGUUGGCCAACGACUGGCUGAACAUGAGCCAGUGUGUGCCCAGGUGGCCUGUAGCAGGAAUGGCUUAGCUGACAGGAUCAGGGCAGUGAUUGUCCCCCUGUAUUCAGCACUAGUGAGGCUGUACCUCAAAUACUGUGUUCAUUUUUUGGCCCUUCACUAGAGCACAUCCACAGAAGGGCAACAAAACUAGCAGAGGGUCCAGAGAACAAGUCUUACAAUGAGUGACUGAGGGAGCUGGGGUUGUUUAGCCUUGAGAAAGAGGCUGAGAGGCGUCCUUCCUCUCUACAGCUCCCUGAAAGGAGGCUGUAGUGAUGUGGGGUCAGUCUUCUCACAAGUAACAAGUGAUAGGACAAGAGGAAAUGGCCUCUGGUUGCUGUGGGGAGGCUC